UUUGUUGAUCAAUCAUUAGGGUUCAUAUGGGAAAUAUGAGCAGUGUUGGCCUGUAUUCUGCACAGAGACACCAUGAAGCUCACACACUUUCUCCUCUGCUUGGUUGCAUUCUUGUCCUCUGCUUUGUCAGGGGAUACUAUUGUAGACCCGAGAGGUGGCCGUCCUAUUGAGCAUGGCUACAAGGCACAAGAAACCUGUCAGACAAAAGAAUGGCCUAUGUGUACAGAUGACGAGUGGGGAAGCAAAUGUCCAUCUGGCUGCCGAAUUCAAGGGCUCAUGGACAAAGCUGACCACGAUAUCCUCAAGAAGAUCGAGAAGAUUCGUCGUCUCCUGAACGAGGGAAGGCAACUGUACACCUCGGCUGAUCACAUGUCCAAAACGACUUACAGUUACCUGAGAGAACGGUUGACCUCUGACGCAGGUAAUGAUAACAGGUAUGCGUCAUUGGCCGAACAGCUGAGGCAGAGGAUUUCUGAGAUAAAGAUUAAAAUUGACCGUCAACUCAGGUUACUGGAAGCUCUAAAAACACAGGUCAAGAAUCAAGUUGUUGUAAUGAAGAGACUGGAGGUUGACAUUGACAUCAAGCUGCGUGCCUGCAAGGGCUCUUGCGCCAGCUACAGUGAGUUCACAGUGGACAGGGAAAGCUAUGUGACACUUGACAAGCAAAUGGACAAUCUGAAUGCUCUGACUGUGCAGAGCGUGGAGACUGUCAGUACCCUAGGAAUCAUGAAAAGCAGGCCUUUGAAGGACGUAGUGGUGCCCUCCAUCUACAAGACUGGACCAGGGACUGGCACUGCCGAGCAGAAGCGGCUGCUCUUCGGAGACGUGGGUCAGAUGAAGCUUUCUCUGGAAGCCGAAGGUUCCACUGCAGAAUCUGCUGCCACAGUUAGCAAAUUCCCCACAGGUAUGGACUCAAGUUCCCCUUCUACAUCCCAUUCUUCCCUCUCCAAGUCAGUUUCCGUUUGCACCAAGACUACACGCAAGGUGGUAACGCACACCAAAGACGGCCCUGUGGAGAAGGUUGAGGUUAUAGAAAGUGGGUCUGGCUGUGAAUCUGUAGGAAAUCUAGGAAUUUCAGAUCAAGAUGGCAAGUCUAUCACUACUCUCAGUCAUGGGACUGAUGAUCUAGGUGGCUUUGGUGAUCUAGACUUCUUCAAAGGGCUUAGCACUGACGCACAAAAGUUAUCCUCAUCUUCUUCCUCAUCCAAGACAUUCUCUUCCUCGAAAACAACUCUGACAGAUGGAAGCAAAGGUUCAAAGACCACCAUCUCUAGUGACCCAUUUUUUGGGGAAGACCCCGGGGCAUUUAUGCACGGUGAUGUGGAAGAAGAUAUUCCCGACAUCCAUGCGCGAAGUGUGAAAUUACAGGACGAACGCAAGGCUGGUAUUUUUGGCAGAGAUUGCGUUGAAAUCCUGCAGAAGCAUGCGAAUGGUGGUCAGAAUGACCUGUUCAAAAUAAAGCCUUCUGGGUCGGAGGAGGUUGUAGACACAGGGUUGGGGGGCUGGGCUCUGGUUCAGCAGAAGGAGGAUGGGUCUUGUAACUUCAAUCGCUCUUGGAAGGAGUAUCAGGCUGGUUUUGCCCAGAUAGACAAACAGGGUAAGGGUGAGGUCUGGAUCGGGAACAAGUUCUUACACCUUCUCACCACUCAGAAUGACAGUCUUCUGAGGGUGGAGCUGCAGGACUGGGAAGGGAAGGAGGUCUAUGCAGAGUACAACAUAAAAGUUGUCUCAGAAGCAGAGGGAUUUGUGCUGACUGUAUCAGAUUAUGUUGGUGACGAAGGUGAUGGAUUGGGGAAUGGACAUCCUAAUCUUCUAUCCUUCCUUUCACAUGCUGGUAUGAAGUUUAGCACCUUUGACAGGGACAAUGAUAAAUGGGAGGAGAACUGUGCAGAGAUGCAUGGUGGAGGGUGGUGGUACAAUAACUGCCAGUCAGCCAACCUCAAUGGGGUGUAUUAUAAAGGAGGCCAGUACGAUCCUGGCACCAAAGUCCCAUAUGAAAUUGAGAAUGGAGUUGUGUGGCUGACUUUCAACCCAGCUGAUUACUCCCUCAAAGUAGUGAGAAUGAAGAUCAGACCUGUCUAAAAUUUAAAGAGAUGUAAACAAUGAUUAAUGAGGAAUAAGGACAGAUGCACAGUGUUUUGAAGUAUAAUUAUGGUCAUAUAUGAUGAUGUAAAUCUAUAAUGCUGCCAUGUAAAUUUCACACAAACAACUAACCUCAUGUGUUCAAUAAAAUGUGUUCACUUCAAA